AUGGCCGUCGGCGCAAAUGAAACGGUGCGCGCGUACGCCGAGACGCGUGCCCCGGCAAAUCGUGGUGGACACGCUCCUGGCUACGUCUCCACCCGCAGCAUGUCGGUGUCAGCGUCGCUGGCUUUGUCCGACUGCCUCGUGGUGAUCCUAGACCUGGAUGCCUAUGCAUGGCAGCAUGUCUCGCCUCCCACAGGUGAUAGUACGGAGCGUGCCGACGCGGCAUUCGAGACGCUGCAGCAUGUCAUCUCUGCGGUGCUCGUGUUUCUCAACGCAUACACAGCCAUGCAGCAUGGGAACGGCCUCGUCGUGUAUGGCGCGGCCGCAGGCACGGCCCACCUCCUGUACUCGAGCCUUCAGGCUGGCGAUAGCAGCGACGCGUCGUCGCACGAUACCCACGCCAGUGCCUGUUUGCCAUUCAAGCGGAUGAACGACGCCGUGUUCCAUGGCAUGCGCGCCAUGCUAGAGGCGGCCCACCACGGCGCCGGUGGGUCGGUGGGCAUCGUACGUGCAUUGGCCCUUGCCUUGUGUCACAUCAACCGCAUCACAACGGCGAUGAGUGAGCACGCUACGGAGAGGCGUGGUGCUGGCGCCACGUCCUUUCAGCACCGGAUCCUCGUGCUGAGUGCCACGCCAGAUGUGAGCGCGCAGUAUGUGCCGAUGAUGAACUGUAUAUUUAGUGCCCAGAAACAGGGCAUCCAGGUGGAUGUCUGCAAAUUGCUGGGCGACGAGACGGUCUUUUUGCGGCAGGCUUGCCACCUCACAGGCGGCCACUACUAUCAUGUCCCGCGCCUCGACGGCCUGUUACAGGUACUCAUGACGACGUUUCUGCCAUCGCGAUCGAUCCAGGCAUCGCUCAUGUUUCCUGCCCUGGAUGAUGUGGACUUCCGAGCAGCUUGCUUCUGCCAUCGUCGCAAUGUCGAUAUCGGGUAUGUGUGCUCGGUCUGUUUGAGCAUCUUCUGCGAGCCACGCGACACGUGCUUGAUAUGCCAUGCAGCGUUCAUGCCGUCGACGUUGGAGCGGCUCAAGGACGAGCGCAUCAUUGCGGCACAGCUUCGCUCGUCGCAUACAAGUGCAUGA